UUCCACAUUCACCUAAGACCUCACCCGUCUCUCUUCUAUCGACGACGCAUCGUGAGCCGAAAUGUCUGGACGCGGCAAGGGAGGCAAGGGGCUGGGGAAGGGAGGCGCCAAGCGUCACCGUAAAGUUCUGCGCGACAACAUCCAGGGCAUCACCAAGCCCGCCAUCCGCCGCCUGGCCCGACGAGGUGGCGUGAAGAGAAUCUCGGGGCUCAUCUACGAGGAAACACGCGGUGUUUUAAAGGUGUUCCUGGAGAACGUGAUCCGCGACGCCGUCACCUACACCGAGCACGCCAAGCGGAAGACCGUCACCGCCAUGGACGUGGUAUACGCGCUCAAGAGACAAGGGCGCACGCUCUACGGCUUCGGCGGGUAGUACAGCAAAAUUU